UGCCAUGAUGGAGUCCAGAGCUGCCUCCUCUCUCCUGCUCCUGCUCGGAGUACUGCUCCUCACCCACCUCUCCAGCCAGCAGGUGCUCAGCAGGAGGAAGAUAUCCAAGAAAGUUGCCGCUGAGCCCCAGAAAGAUGAGGCCAUCAAGGACAUCCAGAAGCAGAUUGAUGACAUCAUGAAGGAGGUGAACCUUUUGAAGGAACAGCAGGCACUGCAGACAGUUUGCUUGAAGGGCACCAAGGUCCAGGGGAAAUGCUACCUGGCCGACCCGGUGAAGAAGCGCUACCACGCGGCCAGCGAGGACUGCAUCGCCAAGGGCGGCACGCUGACCACGCCCCUCUCCCUGGACGAGAACGACAAGCUGCAGGACUACGCGCGAGAGAGCAUCGGGCCCGACGAGCAGAUCUGGCUGGGCAUCAACGACAUGCUGACCGAGGGCGCCUGGGUGGACCAGACUGGCUCCGCCGUGCGCUACAAGAACUGGGACGCCGGCUUCAAGGGCAACGACGCGACCUUGAACUGCGCCGUGCUGUCCGGCUCCAGUUAUGGCAAGUGGCUGGACGAGAACUGCCGCCAGGAGAGGGCGUCGGUGUGCGAGUUUAAUAUAGUGUAGUUAGUUAACAUACUGUACAUGUCUUUAUAAAUGAAGAGUGCCUUAAUGCCUUUUUUUCACUGCCGGUUUUCUAGUAGGCC